UUCAUUUGGCAUCAUUCUCUCUUCUCCCUCUCCUUGGCUGCGACAGGCUCCUUGGGUUCUUCUCCUCCAUACUCUGAUUUCCCCCAUUCUUGCUUUCAAUGGUUUUGGAAACUUCUUCCACCGCCUUAUCUCCUUCCCCUCUUAUAUUUCCACCUUCUAUUUAAGCUUCCUUGAUAUGAAAUUAGAAGAAUAACUCACCUACGAGAAAAAUCUAAAAGCUUGCUAAUAACUCUGUGAUUUUUUACUUUUGUGACUGAUAUUAUUCUCUAUGAACAAAACCUUGGUGAUCUCUUGCUGGGAAUUUUGAGCAACCGUGAGUAAGAUUGCUGGCCUUUGGUGGCCGUGUGCUUGCCUUUCCGGACCUCAGCUUCCUGAGCCUUUAUUCCUUUAUUUUAUUCUGUUUUUGUAUUUGUUUUUCUUUAUUCUUGUAUUAUUUUUGUAAAUCGGUUUGUAUAUUGUAAGAUUUAAAAAACCACUAUGUCCGUAAUGCUGGUUAGGGCAAGUUUAUGGGCUAUUGCUGAAGGAAUUAACUCCCAAUAGUGAUAAGAGAGCCUUAAGGUUCUGAUUUCUCUAGUGGCGGUACCUUACAGGCAACCAUUAGCUAUGAUCAUAGCCGGGAUCCGGCCUUGGGCCUGAUUCCCUUUAUAGAUCCUGGUCCAAGGUGGAUAAUGUUAAAAAUUGUGUCCCAUGACCGUUAUGCUCCAUUCUGGGUGCCGAUGAUUAGUGCAGCAGUCUGGAAUGUGCAGGGCCUGAACCUCCGAGAUCAUCAGGUAUCGGUCAUUGAUCUUGUUUAUGAAUAUCGGUUGCAUUUAGUGGGUUUAUUGGAAACUAGAGUUGCUGCUAAUACUGUCUCUAGAAUCCAGUUAAAUAUGUUGCCUCGUUGGAAUUGGUUUAUUGAUUAUAGUGGUCCCAGCAAUCGUAUAUGGGUUGCUUGCGAUGAUGAUUGGCAAGGUUUGGAUGUGGUUGAUGUUGGCUCUCAACAUAUUCAAUGUUGUGUUCUUACUAGAAAUUUGAAUCAUCAUGUGUUACUUACAAUUGCGUAUGGAGCCAAUGAGUUGGGUUUGCAAAGAGAAUUUUGGCAGGAUCUUGGCCAUCUUGCGCAUGUUAUUGAUGACUCCCCUUGGCUUGUGGGUGGUGAUUUCAAUAUUGUACUUGAUAUGAGUGAAAUGUGCGUCACUUCUGGGGACAUCUGUGUUGCUAUGGAGGAAUUUCGAACAUGCCUACAUGACACGAGCCUACUCUGCUUGCCGAUGCAAGGGGAGCGUUUCACAUGGCACAACUGUAGUAGUGAUGCGAAGCCUUUGGAAGCGACUUGAUCAAUUUCUCAUUAAUGAAGGUGGUUGGCGCACUAGUCGGCUACGCAUUAUAUAGACCACUCUCCACUGGUCAUGUGUAGUGAUGAUGACUCCACUAAUGUGAGUUUGGUUCCUUUUGCUAAUUUUUUAGCCUUGUCUUCGGCAUUCACCCCUUCUGUGUGGCGUGUGUGGUGUAAUCACAUUGUGGGCACUGCUAUGUAUGCUGUUACCUGUAAGCUGAAGGCGCUCAAGCCUAUCUUUCGCUAGCAAAGGAGGAAUAAGGGUGAUCUUGCAGCUAAUGUUCAUAUGACUAAGGGAUUUCUUGACAAAGCGCAGUCCUGUUACAAUUAGACCGGCAUAAUUCACUCCUCAUCCAGUUGGAGCACUGCUGCAAAUUGAUUCUAUUGUUGGCUACGCGGUUGGAGCAAAGCAUGCUGCAGCAACGUGCGAAGAUGGCCUAGAAGAAGGGUGGUGACCAAUGCUCUCGUGUCUUCUUUUAGAAGGUGGCAGCUCGACGGUCUGCAAAAUGGAUCUUCCAAAUUGUGAACUGUGAUGGUACUUUGUUGACAGAGCACAUGGAAGUCAAGGAUGAAUUUGUCGCUUAUUUUUAGCGAUUAUUAGGAAGAGAUCGACGGUCGAGGUAUAUUGACUUACAGUACCUACGACAGUGGGUGCGUCAUAUCUUGACACCCGAGGAAGCACAUGACUUAAUACGGCCGAUCACCCCGACUUAGGUUAAAAUGGUUGUAUUUGACAUUGCUGAGUAUAAAGCUCUAGAACCUGAUGGCUAUACUUCUGGUUUCUUCAAAGCCGCUUGGUCAAUGGUGGGUCCAGAGGUCACUCAAGCCACUUUGGAUUUCUUUUGCACCAGUAAACUUCUCAAACAGGUGAAUGCUACUCUCCUGGCACUUAUCCCUAAGGUACACAACCCUUCCACAGUGGCCGAGUUUCGGCCAAUUUCUUGUUGUAAUGUACUAUAUAAGGUGAUUACGAAAAUUAUAGUACAACGGUUGCGUAUGGUGUUGGAUGAUUUGGUUAGUCCACGCAAAAUGCUUUUGUUCCAGGCCGAUCGAUUAGUGAUAAUAUAUUAUUGGCACAAGAGCUAUUUACAGGUUAUAAACAGCAAUGGCUUCCGCCAUGAUGUGCUUUGAAGGUAGACUUGCGAUAUGAUACGGUGGAAGGAGAUUUGUUAUUGGCAGCCAUGCGCUUAUUUGGAUUCCCGGGAACGUUCAUUGGGUGGAUUGAGGAGUAUAUUACCACGCCAUCCUACUCAGUCUGUCUUAUUGGGGUAGCUCAUGGGUUCUUUCGUGGUGCGAGAGGAUUGCGACAGGGUGACCCCAUGUCCCUAGUAUUUAUUUGUUCUUGCUAUGGAGGUGCUUCGGAUGCUUUUACAACAACUCAUUGACCAAGAUGGCGGGUUCUCCUUCCACUGGAGAUGUAAUAAGAUCGGUUUUUUCCAACUUUGCUUUGCUGAUGAUUUGCUUUUAUUUUGUAGGGCGGAUGAGCCGUCAUUUGUGUUUUUAAGAAGAGACUUGAUUCGUUUGCAUCACUAUCCGGAUUGUGUGUCAAUCCUAAAAAAAACCAUCUCAUCAUUUCAAAAUCGGCUCAUGGCAUUUAAGAUUGGCUGCUUGAAUUGCUAUCAUUUAGUGAGGGCCAUCUACCUCUCCGUACCUUGUACUUCCACUCCUUGCCUCUCGUAUUUCGAUUAGGGACUGCGAUCCUCUUCUAUAGAAGAUUGAUAGUCGCAUAAGAGGAUGGGAAGGGAUGCGACUCACCUUCGCCGGCAGGUUACAACUUAUUUAAUCUGUUUUAUUGUCCUAUCUCACCUAUUGGGCAUCGACAUUUAUUUUGCCAAAAACAGUGCUCAAGGAUAUUGGGAAGCGUCUGUCUUCUUUUCUUUGGAAAGACACUAUUGGUACGGGUUACCCAAAGUUGCUUGGAAAACCAUUUGCAGAUCCGUGGAUGAGGGUAGGUUCGGGUUGAGAGAUGUUCUUGCUCUGAAUCAAGCUUUAAUGUGCAAAUAUUUAUGGAAGAUUAUUACGAGGCAACGUGACUCCAUCUGGGUUGAUUCGAUAUUCCAUACUCCACUUGUCAAUGAAACUAUUUGGACAGUUAGUGACAACAAGGGCUUAGGGGGUUGGCGUCAGGUCUUUGCUCUUAGCUAGCCUAUGCUCCCAAACAUCGAUUUUCAGCCAUGAGAAGACCGUAUAGUAGGCGAUUAGAAGGGGGCAUAUUCACAAUGGCCUCUAUGUAUCACCUCUUCCGUCCCCAUGGACCCAAGGUAGCUAGCUUGGUAUUCACUAUUCUUGGGUCCUUUCAAAAUUCCCUGCAAUCAAUUUAUAUUAUGGUUAGCCGUUUUUGGGAAACUUUCUACACUUGACAAACUUUGGCUAUCCCACACUGGAGGGGCAUGUGUCUUAUGCCAAGACCGAUCACUUGAUACCCAUGUUCACUUAUUCUUUCGCUGCAGUUAUGCUCGUCAGUGCCUUGCAGGUAUCUGGAGGAUAGUACGGUUCCAAUGGCCCGCUCGAUCUUGGGCUACUGAUGUGGAGUGGAUGUCGAUCAAGUGGAGGGGGAGCACGUCGUCAACGCAUCAUUUCGGGCAUUAACGGCUUCCUUCGUUUAUCACCUAUGGCAAGAGUAGAACCAAUGAAUCUUUCAGCACACCAACCACUCUUGUUCCACACUUGUGAAAAUUAUAGUUGAUGAGAUUAGGCUUGCUAUAGUUAGUCACACUCUCCUCUCAGCUAUUAGUACACGAGGACUUUAUAAACUAUGGAGGAUCCCUUAAUUUGAAGGGACUUCUAAUGCUUGAACCAUGUUAUACUAUUAUUUUUCAUUA